GUAGUGAAGGAAGGUGAAUGAAAUGUAGGGUGGUGUGUGGCAGGUCAGAGGAGAGCGCUGGGUGGCGGGUGAGGUAGUCUGGACACCAGUAAGCCUCCAGCAGUGUACCUGGUGGCAACACACUGCUAGCUUCCCUGCCUCGCUCCCCCUCACACAUACUGCCUCACACCGCCACCAACACUACCUUCACUCCACCCCAACCCAGAGACUUGACAACACCACAGCCACCAGUUGUUUAAAUCCUUCCUGGCUAGCACUGCCUUUUCCUUGUGUGGUUACUGGGCGCUGACACCUCGUCAGGCGAGGCGUGCAUCCUUGUGUCAGCAGCAGCACCCGGCACGCUGAUCCACAGGCGACACUACUGUAAUUGGCCCUCCAGCCACAGCACUCAAUGGGGAUGAGUGACACGUCGCCACCACUCUCCUGAGUGGCUCCUUCACCUUCCUUCUUAUCACACUGUCGUCCUUCAGUUGUCAUCAGAACCGUCAAUUCUUCCACACCAUACAGAGGACGAGGAUUGUCCCCUCCAGCGAGUGUCUACCACACUAUGCUCUCUCAUACCCGGGUGUACAGUGAUCUGGUCUCUAGUACGGUGUUCAGCGUAAAACUAUGAUAUACGUUGUUUAUAACCCAAGUUUUUUACAACCACGUUACCCAAUCCAGGUCUAGAUAUUCAUCAUACAAGAGAUAAUAUUACGGUGUUUGUGUGUAAAUAAAACUACUUUUGUUAUUACACAUACGUUUUUCUAAUUUACAAAGGGUACUCACGGACAGAAACUACACUACCGUUGGUUCAAGGAAUAUAAACUGAACAUUAACAAAUAAAUUCCACGCGCGUUUAAAUUGGCUCAACCUUGAAGUGGAGGGAGGUUGUUGAAACAACCUUCGCUGUUUCUUCUUGCUGUACAACGUGCGGCCCGGGGUGGCCCAUACUGGGACGGAGGUGGGCGGUGGCAGGGGCGGCGACAAUGGUGGGUGUACCAGCCCUGUGGCGAGGGUGUGGGCGUGGGCGUGGGGGAGGAUGAGACGUCGCGAGUUCAGAGAAGUGGCGCUCUCUCUCUCAGCGCCUGGCACUCUGGCAGGGAACGACUCUCAGCAACAUAAUCAAAGCUCGGUCUCAGCAACAGCUUUCGGAGUCAGGAGGCAGAUGUCUAUGGAUCAAGUGCAGCAGCGAAGGUCAGCAGUACAGCGUCAACACAAGCUAGUGGGCAGCACACACAGUUUGUACACCUCAUCCACCUCAUCCACAGCCUCCACUCUGCGAGAUUCAGACACUGACACCGCUGACUACGAAUCCACACCCAUCAACAAUCUCUUAGCAACUGACCAACACAAAAAGCGUCAAGAAACCUCAGUCGCCAGGAACAAGGGCUCGCCAGUGGUUCCAACUGGAGAGACCAGAGCCAGAAAAAUCAAGCCAUCGGGUGCCAAAGCCACUAACUUUAUUAGCAAAAGUGAAAGAUCUGUUUUAGGUCGCAUAGUGUCGUCGGUGUCCCGUGAAAACAGUUCUAAGGUCCGUCUGAGCAGCAGCGCCGCGCCCACGUCCGCUAUCGUCCAGCAGGCCGUCCAGGGCGACGCCCAAACACACAUGGAGGAAGUGAACGUUCAACAGCGGGUUGACGGCUGGAUCAUGGGUCUGAAGGCCGCCCUCCAGCUCGAUGCUCAAGAUAAACAAGAAGAAGCCCUCGAGGCCUACAACAGGU